AUGUCAAAUACUCGCGUUGCAAUCGACCCCAAUGGUGACACUCUAGUCAUCCUUGUAACCAAGCAGGACCCUUCUCCCUCCAAAGAACCUACCAAACCUGCUGGCACCAUUGAAUCACCAACAUUCAUUGAGCAACAUUUUCUCUGCUCUCAGAAGCACCUGACACUUGCAUCGCGUCGUGCUUCUAAGUUGUUCUCGAGCGCCUUCAAAGAAGCUUCAAAACAAGAUGAUGGUCUUUAUCAUUGGAACUUUGGAGAUGUUUUCAAUGUGCAAGCCUUUGAGGUGGUCUUGAAAAUCAUACACGGUAAAACCCGCGGAGUUCCCCAGACUCCUGAAUUAGAUCUUCUAUCAAACAUCGCUUCUAUUGUUGAUGAUCUGGAGUGCUAUGAUGCACUAUCGUUCUGCACUGAGAGAUGGCUUGAGUCAUACAUUGGGUUCUUUUUUAAACAACCGGAAAAAAUGGAUAAGUCACUGGCACAACUUAUUCUCGUUUCUUUUGUGUUUGAGUAUAAAUAUCUGUUUCGAGAUUGCAUACGAAAAGCUACUCGGUAUACCUGCGAGGGUAUGCCUACAUUUGAUCUGCCAAUCCGCGCAGAUAUUCCAAGGCGCAUUGAAAAAAGUCGGACAGAGGUCCUACAGUACCUAGUUGAUGGAUUAUAUAAGGUUCACGAUGACCUUCUUCAGCGGAAGCUGGGAUGUAGUGGAGGUUGUAGAGCUUUGCUCCUAGGAUCUUUGCUUCAGGUCAUGACAGCAGCCGGCCUGUACCCACGACCCGAAUCUCCGUUUUACUCGCUUAGAAUCGACUCGAUUAUCAAUUUUCUGCGCGAUAUGCAGCCAUCGAUUUAUUACAGUUCGGUAACAGGGGGCCUCGCAGGAAAACAUUCUGGUUCAUGGCUACUAGCCGAGCAUCCAGCAUCUCCAACUGCUUCCCAGUCGAAUACUGCUACUACUCAAUCAACUCCAGGCCUUUUCGGGCCUGGUUCCUCAGGUUCCUCUACCUCCACUGGGGCUCAAUAUACCUCCGAUCCACGUCCAGCUCAUGGUGGAGUCUUUGGUGCUCCUAGAGUUGAACGCCGGGGGGUCCCCACUUCAAAUAACCCCCGAACAAGCGCUGGACUUUUUGGUGCAAGCACAGCACCUCAGCCUACAUUUACCCCCAUAGCUGCUUCUGGAGGACUUUUUGGAGCAAGGCCCGUGCCUCAAGCAAGCGAUCAGUUUAGUCCAGAUCCUGCUAAGAACGAGGAGGCGCCAAAGAAGCUUGUUCAACACAGCUGUUCUCUGAACAGUUUCAUCGAUCCUCUGUUGCUUGUAGCAGAGAGUAAGAUCGAAGGGUUAAAAUUGGAUGACCUUCCUUAA